GCGAACUUUCAUAGAAAGUGUCUUCAAGAGGCUGUGCCCAAGUCAGGCGGAUAGUGUUAAUCUCAGUUUCAAUUGUGGAGGAUACUGAACCAGUUUGUAAAUCCUUGCUUUAAUCACUCCUUUCUCAUCAGAUGUGUGCAUUGCUUUCCUGCUGUUGAAGAUACAUUUUUUGCAGAAAUUUAAUUCGAAACUCUUUUGACACAGAAAUGAUCUACUAAAUUUGUGUCAGUCUGGCCUGAUUGAGCAUUCCAUUGUGACACUUCUACCACCUAAUAAUCUGUACAGGUGCCAUACACGGGCAGUGUUUUUGUUUGUUGUUUUCUUAUAUAAAUAUAUUUGAAAAUGCACAUUACAUGACAGCAGGUUUUCCAUUAGGAGCUAUAUUCAUUAUGCUUCAUAUGCAACAUUUAGUUGCAAAGAAGUAAAAAGGCAACAAUUAUAUGACAGAUUACCACUUUUCACUUAAAGACUAAGUCGUUGUCCAAUUAAAAAAGAAUCCAGCCAAUAGAAUUUACAUCAAAUCUUGACUUACAUUAGCACUAUUUCCUAGUUUAUAAAGUAAUGAAGCACAUCAUUUUACAGGCAUUUGCAGCUGUCCCAAAAACUUGAAAUUAUCGUAACAAAAUUACUUCAAUGAAAUAAUCAUUGCAGCACAAUUCUAGUCAGUCAUAAAGCAUAGAUGAAGCAGUGUGACUAUUAUCAACAAAACAAGUGUAGUGUCUAAUAAAGGAAAACGUUUCCCUUAAUAUUUAAGUUCCAAAUGAUGUGCAUUUCUUCCGUUUCUUUAUCCUCUUUGCCACUUGAUUUUUCUUUGUAAUGGUCUGUGCUCUGGCAAGAAGCUAGUUGGGUAGUGACCAGUAUUUUUGGUUGGUGAAAGCUUGCACAUCUAAUGCAAGUAAUAUGCCUAUCUGUAUUGAAGCUCCUGUAUAUAAGAAAAACGUUUUUUGUGGUGGCAUUUCAAAGUAUGGAAAGUGGGGUGGAAAGGGAGAGAAGUGUAUUUGGUACAGAUGGCAGUACUUAACAUUUUUAUUUUCAAUCUCCUUGCUAGAAAUUGUAGAAAUUUUAAUUUAUGGAAAUGAAAUAGUACUUGUUCAGUCUCUGUUUUUCUUCCUUUCUUUUCUUUUCCUCCACUUAUAACAAAAGAUAUUUGAUACAAUUGAGCUGCAGCAGAAGGAAGUUAUAAGUAACUGCAAGUGGGCAAAAUGAAUUUCAAACUAGUAUUCAUAUUUUAACUUAAAUUUUGGCAUUUUUGUUGAUAUUAAAAAUGGACUACAAUUUUUAAAACUAAACUAAAAAAGAAGCAAUUAAGUCUUUCAUGUACAUUCCAAAUUUAAAGUGGAGUGAUGAGAAGAGUAGAAAGUAUUUUAACGUUUGUUAGAAUUGUCAAGAGCAGAGUUUGAAGAACAUGGCCAUGUUUAAUGAGCAUGAAUACAAUUGUAAGGGUUUUUGUACAUAGUAGAAUUCUCCUUUCUUCAUUCUCUCCUUGUGUUUUUCAUGGCCUUGCGAUAUAACUGGUUAACACCAAACGUUUGAGUAAUUUUUCUUGUCAGUGCAGAAUCACAGCCUCUAUAAAUUUGACAAAUAUUUUUUUCAAUUGUUUGCCUUGCCAAGCUCUGUUUCUUUGAAAGAGCUGCUCAUUCAAAUGGCAGUAUUACAUGAUAAAGAAAAGUUUUCAUGCUAGUGUUUUUUCUGGCCAACUUCCAGUAUUUGAUAUAAAUAAGUAAUGUGCUACUGAUAAAACUUGUUUCCAGUAAUUAACAGGAAACACAGCCCGUGUAAGAGUACCUUCGUAAGUUUUUACUCCCUAAGCAUUGCAUUGAAUUUAAGAGAGUUGGAAUUUUAAUGUGAAGCUGCACAUGUGUGUAGUUAUAUUACUUUUAUUGUAGGAUAAGAUAGAGAGAAGUGUUACAAGUAGUACUCUCUGAAGCCAAAAUUGCAUUGUCAUUGCAGUUGAUCAUUGUAUUCAUGUGAAUUGCUUGUAACAAACUAAGAGCAAAAUAUCCCUCUGAGUAUUAGUGAGCAUGAUUAUACAGAUAAAAAAAAAAGAAGAAAAAAAGUCCUUAUGCUCAGGAAAGGAAGUAUUGAAUGGAACAUAAGGUUCUGAGGCUUCAAAGUUAAGGAAGUUAUAUCAGCAAGUGGAUCAUUCAUUAUAACACAACACAUAAUUUACUAGUUUAAGGUUGUUAGAAAGGAUGCCUGGUAUUGGGACCCCCUUUUAUUACUAGUCUGUGUUAACAUUUCAUUCAGAUGUUGAAUUCCCUUUGACAAUUAGAUGAUACUUGAUCAACCAGGAAAUAAACUAUUUUAGAGAAGAGUGCUUUAAAAGCAUAAUAGUUAUUUUACUUUCUCUUUAGGUGGAAAGGAAACAAAAAAAUAUGUACUCAUACUUUAUUUGUCAUUUUUUUAUAUUACACAGAGCUGUAAAACAGUGUUUUUCUUCUCAGAAAAUUGCAUUAAUAGAUUGUUCCCUCUUAUUAUGAAAGUUAGCUGUCUGCUGGUUCAGCAUUUGUGAUCAUAUACUUUGAUUUAUGUAGUAGAGGUAAGUUACAGACAUUAUAGAAAAAGUUUGUUUAAAUCUGCCCCACAACAGAUAUGCAGAUAGUGGUGUGUCACAGUAGAACGCUUCAGUAGGUCAAGAUCUAGAUGCUAGUGUAUGCUCCAAGCACAAACGUGCUCUGAAUUGUGUGGUGCAUCUGGGAUAUAUGAUGGUUUUAUGUUUGAGCUUUCAGUAAUUUCUAUUUCACUUCUUUGUAAUUUAUUAUAUUAGUUUUGUGUGUUGAAGUUAAUCUUUGUUUUAUUUUUUUUAAUUUUUUAAAAUUUUUGUUUAAUUUUUAAAUGUCCAAACUGCGAAUGUCAGUUUUGUGACUCAAGUCUUUUAUUGUACCUUUUCCAAGUGCCAUGGCACACCUCAAAUGACCUACACUGUUAGUGACUACUAGCCAGUUAUGUUUGUUAGCUCCAGUUGUUAUAAAUUGUCCAUAACGUUUAUUUGUGAAGUCGUAUAAAGGGGUGGUAUUAAAUACUAGUGAAACUGCAAUUUUAAUCUCAAUAUGUGAUCCUGUUCCUGCUUCUUAUCACUCUGUUGAAAAAUGUAUUGUGUUGACUAAGGAAUUACUUUUCCCAUCAAUAGUGCUAGAUAUCAGGCAUUUUAACCAAAUGUGGCUUUCAUAAAAAGUAUAUUGUUCACAAUGUGCUGUGAGCAUUUAGAUGUUCAAUCUCCAUGAAAAUAGUAUAUUUUUCCCCCUUUCCUAUCUGUCAUUUUCUCUUUGUAAAAACUUACUGAAGGUGCUACAUGCUGUGAAAACCAUUUUGGGACAAAUUGGUGAAAUUUGAUUUUUUUUGUACAGGAACUGUAUUCUGCACUGUCUAGAUGGGUAAUACAAAGUGUAGAUAGUUCCAUGAUGAAUGAAAAAUCGAGACAUUGAAACUGUUGUGGUAAGAAGUGGGAUUUAGAGCACUAUCAGCACUAUAAACUGAUUGUGAUGCCUUCUGCCAGUCUUGCUCGUCUUUCCUCACACAGUAAAACAAUUUGUUCCAGUUGUAAUACUGGAAUAUUGCAUAUAUUUCAUCAGCAGUGUGUCUGAAAUACCAUUGUCAUGUAUAAGUGAUUUUCAAGCUUGUAUAUAGAUUAAAAUUUCAGAUUUGUCUGUGAAUGUUAGGAUAAAUUCAUGAAGCAAUCAUUAUAUAAAUUCUAAUCCUCAAAACUUGUGUAUAAUGUAUAUAUGGGGUUGAAUGAAAAAAUAAAAUAAUUUUGACAACCAAAUAAUAAUGCUGCUUCUAUACAGCUCAAUAUUACACCAGUUAUUCUACAUUUGACAGAAUUGUUGAAAAAUGGUUCAUGAAUCUAAAGGUAUCUUAAGAAAUCAUAAUGAUCAUGAUAAUAAUAUUAAUAAUAAUAAUUAAUAAUAAUAAUAAAAAAUAUUGGGCUUCUCCUCCAAUGUUUUGUAAGAAAUUAAGUGUGUGGGGUAGAUCUAUUGUUCUGCAGUGUGCAAUGUUUAGGUGUACAUUUGCAUUCCUAUUUUUGUAUUUUAAGUUUUGUUUCUUUGAUACAGCUUUGCAAUCUGAUUUGCAACAUUUCUCUGAGCUGUGCACUCAACUACUGUCAAAACUGUUGCACGUUGUUUUCCUUUCUUUCUUUUUUGUUUAUUAUCCUCUCCUGUGCUGAAGCUUUCUAAAAAUGUGAAUCAAAUUUCAAUAAUUGGUCUUGCUAUUUUUACCCAAUUAAUAAAAAUCAUUCACAUACUUGUUAAUAAUGCUAAACAUAUUAAAAGCAAUUGCAGGUUUUGGAUACUACCCAUAAUUUUGCAUAUUGCCUUAGUGAGAAGACCUUGUAACUUCAGUUUACACAAACUAUUAUAUUUUGUAGAAGUUUGGUGAACAUGAUGGUACUCUGUAGUACCUAGAUUUUUAAACUUAAACUCGAACGCUUGUAGGAGACCCAAUGAAUUGAAAUAUGUGAUUGUCCUUCCAUGUCAGAAUCAUAACUUCUGCAAUUUUGUGGGGCCCAAAGUGUUGAAUAUAAACCAACCUAUUAGUUAUAAGGCAUUCUCAAGAAGGUAGAGUUAAAAAGAUUUCAAAUUUUGUGUAAUGUGAUGCUUGCAUUCCAAUGAAGGGGCAAAUAAUGAAAAUGCCAGAUUGAUAUCAUUGCAAGUUUUGGAUUGUUUUGUAUAUGCCAUUAUGAAGAGUGCAUCACUUAACAAUCAUAAAAGAGGGCACUUCACACUGUGACUCUCUGAAGGCACGUUGUGCAGGGUUGGAUCUUUCAUGCUAUGAUUUUACAGAAAUGUGUGCUCUUAUUUAUGUGCGAUUUGUGUUUUAUUACCAAGUUUACUAGUUUGUAUAGAGAUGACAAAAAGUGGAUAACCUGUGUAUUUCAAUCCCAACACAUCAGAGCUUAGAAUUAAUAUAUUUUUUGAAGUCUAGCAUGACACGUAAAAGCUGAAUUAUUAUUGAUUCCUUUUGCCUUUAUAUCCCCCAUCAAACUAAAUUUUUGGGAAGAAAUCUUUACUUGCAUUAGUAAAAAACAUGCCUUUUAUUGAGUUGUGUUGAAAAUUGUUGUUACGUUAAAUGCAUUUGAGGGUGUCUGUUUUCCUUUUUGGAUUUUAAUUAUGUGGUUCUACCUCAUAUAUUGGUGUGUUUCAAGUUUAAUUGACUUAAAACCAAGACAUUUUGUUUGGUUGUGAAAGCCACUAUAGUUACCUGUAAUUGUACAUUUGUUUACCAUAUUUUGCUGUGUAUAAAAUGCUAAAGCAUUGAUACCAUGCACAUGUGUUUUAUUGUAGAAAAUAUUACAUACAGAAAUAUGGUUUUGAGGGUUAUUUAUAAAAUUCAUUUUGCUGAUAACCUUUAACAAAAAUGAACUUUCUCCCCUCAAUAAAAUGCCAAUUCAACAAGUAUAUUGAUUGAAAAUGAAAAUUAGUUGGUUGUGAAGGACAAUAAGAACAUUGAGCAUAUUAGUUUUAAUACGCACGUGAUAUCCUUGAGAUAUAGAAAGAAAUCAUUAAUGAUGUGUGAACUAUAGUUCUUUAAUUUUAAGUGUUCUUUGUUUUACUUUUUUUUUUCUUUUUUUUUUUUUUAAUUAAGAUUACAGUGAUGUCUUAGGCACUGACUGAACAUAUUCUAAUAAUGUAGUGUGAGGUAAAAACUGUUUAAAUAAUUCAAGCAUUGUUGACAUUGAAGUAUCCCCACCUUUACAGUGAAAUACUGUUGUACAUAGACGGUAAAUGUUGAAUUAUCACUUUUGCAUCAAUGAAUUAAAUUGGAGAGAAGAAGAAGCACUGAAAAGAGAGGAUUCAAGAACCAAUUUAAAACUGAUGCAAAUAAUAUUAAAUCAUAUUCAGCCUGUAUAUAUCUAUCGACAGCAACCUAUAUAUAUUUGACUACCUAAAUCAUAUUUUUUAUUGUAGUAAAAUCUUGUUUUCUGAGAGUUAUUGCAAUCGCAUCAAACCCAUUGUGAUUAGGGAUUAUUGCAAAUGAAUAACAAACUUGCCAAUAUGCACUUCAGAAAAAAAGUGACUUUCCUUUUCAGUAAAUGCCAAAAGUGUGCAGUAUGCUAGUUGAAGCAACUUCUAUUACUUCCAGACUCAUACAAUUGUCCAGAUGAAGUGAUAAUGCUUUAUGUUGUGUGCUUGGGACCAAUCACUGUCCUUGUUGCAGUUAUUCAUUUGUUUUGCUUUAAGAUUUGCUUGAUCAUCAUGAUGUACAUGCAGUUUUAUUCAAACAUAGAAAAGUGUAAUUGGAGCUCCCCAAAAUAAUAAUCUUUUAAGUUGAUUUUCAAUGUGUUAAGUUCAAACCACUUAAGUUUAUAAUUUAAUUGCUGAAAUGGGGAAAAAAAAUAGAGGGGGAAACAAUUCCAUUGGUUUUUGUUUAAUUUGUUUUUGCCAUUGCUGUUGAGGAAUUGGUUAUUAAGUCACAAAGUUUUCAACAUUACUCCCAUAUAGAAACCAUUAAAUUCUGUAUUAUCUGUAAUUUAUUUACCAAAUUCAAAAAAAUUAGUAGUUUGCAUACCAAAUUCCAUUCUCAAAAUUCAGAAAAGCAAGACGUGGCUUGGGAAUUUUGACGUUAUAGAAAGGAUAUUGAAUAUUACUCAAAAUGUUCACAUCAUUUAAACUUGAUUGUGGUUGAUGGGAUCAUGUCAAUAAAACUUUGAUAAGCUUGUGUAAUUUUAAUGGCAUAGAAUAAUUUUUAAUUUGGUCAUUGCUUGAAUAUACCAUCAUGUUAAUAUUUGCUACAACAUAAAAGUUUAGGAAUGAUAAUCAGUGCUUCUGCUGACCAAAAUAUGCAAUUUCAUAUUAUCCCAAAGUGCUACUGGAUAUAAAAUUUAAUUUGUAAUUAAAUAUAAAACAUACACAUGGGAAAAUUACUUAAAUGGAGAGUUAGAUGAUCUGGUGUGCAUGCAAAUGGGUGUGUGUGUGCUUUUGCUAGUGUUCAUACGUUUAUACAUGUACAUACACUUGUGUUGAUUCCUUUCUUGACUGGAAGGUUUGCCCUGUACGUAUGAAAGAAAUGGGCAAGAUUGACUUUAUGGAGUAAUAUCCUUUAAACAUUUGCUCAAAAAGAAUUUGCCUCCAAUAAUUGGUUAAUCCCAUUAACCAAAAUCAACUGGAAUAACAAGGAUGAUACUAAAAUUUUCUGUAGUUGUCAGUUUGAAAAUGGAGUGUGUGCGGGUUUAUGCGAUGUGAUGUGAAAAAGUGUGCAAUGCGUACCAUGAAGAUACAAAUAACAGAAAUAGUGUUUGAUACAUUUGUAAAAGAAUAUGUAUGUGCAGUGUAAAGUAUAUUUUAUGGAGAAAUUGUUGAUUGAUUGUCCUGAGACUGUAUUUUUUUUUUUUUUUUGGUUUAUUACAAAAGUACUUCAGGUAAUUGCAUAAUACCUGACUGAAUGGUGUACACAGUAGACGUUUGCUCAGAAUUAAGAUUAUUUAUAAAAGAGUCAGGGUUGGCACUUUUAAUUCAGUUGUUCUGAUUAUUUAAUUUAUAAAUCAUCAUUAGAAAUAUCGACCAAUAGGUUAAACCCUUGAAAUGAUUGUUUAAUAUCUGCUUAUUUAAGAGAAAUUAAUGGAGCCAUUGUACCAAAGUACCUAUCCUCAUGUCUCAUAAAUACCAUCAAGUUAUUGAAAAUUAAGCUUCAUCUUCAUGAUGUUAAUUGCCUCAUGAGAUGGAAAGGUAACACCUGCUGGAGAAGUGUGUAGUUCACUUCAUCUAUAUAGCACUUCUGCCUCGCAGUUAUGGUAAAUCUUGUACAGUGAUUAUUUUUUGUAAACCAAAUGACAAGUAUUCAAAAUGAGUACUUUCACAAUGUUUUAAAUAUUAUAGGUACUGGGUAUAAAAUCACCACCGUAUACUGUGUUCCAUUAUUGCAUCAAGAAAUCGCAUUACGAUGCAGAUUUUCUCUCUACAAUUACAUUUGAAAAGAUGUACUCAGUUGACAUCCUCUAGAUUUUUGUUGUAACAGUCAGUGAAAUAGAUACUGCAUACUCAAAGAGGGCCUUGCUUGUAGAUAUGAAAAUAAGAAACAAAUAUUGUAUAAGUUGUACCAUUCAUUCUUCAAUACAUUAUUCUUGAAAGAAUUUUGUAAUUGUUCAGUUAUUUCACUACAUUGAUGUAUCUUUAAUUUUCAUAUUUGUCGACUAGAAUAAUUGGUUUCAGAUGACAGCAAGAUUUCCGAAGUUUUCUUUAAGCUGUAUUUUUUAAUCUUCCAAAAGGUUGCUAAACAGUUGCUUAUAAAGUAUUCACAGCAAUGUUGCUAAAGCAGCCAUUCCCGCAGUUGUUGAUACUGGCACUCUGGGGUCAUUGAUAUUUUCUGUAGAAACAUUUGGGAAUGAUGAUGGCUAAAAAUUAACUCCCUUAGCCACUGACUACUUAUUGAAUUAUUAUUAUUAUUAUUAUUAUUAUUAUUAUUUGUCAGUUACUUCAAAAUAGAUGAUUUC